AUGGCGAGGAUCGCCAACCCCCCUCGGAGCUUUGAGCGGUUGCACCACGUCCGCGCGCGUCUGCGCAAGGCAUCAUGUAUGGGCUCGGAUACGCACGACGAUCCGGAUCACGACGAGGACGGCGUUGGCGGCGACGGUGAUGAUGAUACAAGGAUUGCACACCCGUUUGCCCCAGACCACUCACCGCCAGCCCCGCCACCCGCAUCAGACGCUCAAGACGCGAAGCCGUCUUCAUCACGUGCAAUGAUGGACUCAACAUGCCACGCAGUCCAGCUCCAAGAAGCCGACCCCCAGAUCCAAUCCGCCUUCUUCAACAGCCUACCGCCGGAGGUCCGCCGCAUGGUCUACACCCACGUCUGGAGGCUGUCCAACCCGACCCUGGCGCUGCACAUCCACGCCGCCUGUGACGGGGCCCGGUUGACACACACUCCCUGCUGCACUACCACCACCACCUCAACCCCGUCCUCUUCAUGCUCGCUGUCCGUGCAGGAGACGAGGGAGGCGGAGGAGGACGACCCGAUGAGGACGGACCCGUGGCCCGGCUGGAGGGGGAGGAAUCAGCCGCCGCGGUGGUUCUGGCAUGCUUGGGGGCUGCGCAUGAGAUGGGGCUCGCCGCACUGGAAGUGCCAGGCCGAGGCGAUGCUCUCAUGGCGGGCGAGGUCGGACGGGACGUGUGCGGACGAGAGGGGCCUGGGCUCCAGCGGCUACCUGCCCGUGUUCCUGACCAGCCGGAGGGUAUACGCCGAAGCAAUAGAAUCCUUCUUCGAGUCGACGACCCUGAUCUUCACCGCCUCAGAGGACGCCUACCGCUUCUUCGUGCAGCACCCGCACCCGCACCGAACCAAAGUCCGCAGCCUGCAGCUCGCCUUCACCCACUUCAAGGACCACCUGUUCCUGCAGCGCAUCGAACCAAAGCACCCGCGGCUCCCGGACAGCCAGCUCGGCGUGCCCGUGUCGUGGGGUGUGUGGACGCCGCUGAUGCGGUGCGUGCGGGAGGGCCUGCCGGAGCUGCGGCGGCUGACCAUCCACCUCAGCGCUGCCGCUGCCCCGACUGCCAGGGAGGAGGUGUUUUUGGACGUGCUGAGGGAGUGGGCGGCCGAUGGGUAUGGGACGGUUGAGGAGAAGGCAGGCGGGGUGGUGUACUGUGAGACGGGAGGGAGGCUGCGCUGA